UCUUCACGGCCGCCAUAUUGUGGCUCGGCUCUGCGGCACAGGGAGGUGCGGUGUGUUGUGCUGUGAGCGCUGCUGCCGGGACCAGUGAGGAGAGCGCGGGCGAGUUCGGAAGCCGCGCCAUGGAUUUGGUGAGCUUUGAGGACGUGGCUGUGCACUUCACCCAGGACGAGUGGGAUUUGCUGGACCCUUUCCAGAAGAGUCUGUACAGAGAUGUGAUGCUGGAGACCUGCAGGAACCUCGCUGCGAUAGGGUAUAUAUGGGAAGAACAGAAUGUUGAAGAUGACUGCAAAAAUUUUGGAAGAAUUCAAAGGCAUGUCAUAUCUGAUUCUGAAUACUUACUGGAUGAGCAGGAGGGAUAUGGAAACAAGCCAUACGAUUCUAGUUCUCUCACAAGUAUUCAAGGACACAUGGGAGCGCACACUGUGAAUGGACCUUGUGAAUGUGAGGUAUGUUUAAAAUCCUUUGGUUUUCCAAGUGCAUUUGGAAUGUGUCACCAGCCCCACAGUGGACAAAACGUUUGUGACUACAAGGAAUUCGGAAAGGCUUCUGGUUACCACAGUUCACUUUACACACAUGGAGGGACUGACACUGUAAGAAAAUGUUACUCGUGUAACCAGUGUGGGAAAGCUCUGAGUUCUUCCAGUUCCCUUCAAAGGCAUGAGAGAAUUCACACAGGAGAGAGACCCUAUAAAUGUCAGCAGUGUGGGAAAGCUCUGAGUUCUUCCACUUCACUUCAAAGGCAUGAGAGAAUUCACACAGGAGAGAGACCCUAUAAAUGUCAGCAGUGUGGGAAAGCCUUUAGAUGUCACAGUGCCCUUCAGUUACACGAAAGAAUUCAUACUGGUGAAAAACCCUAUGAAUGUCAGCAGUGUGGGAAAGCCUUCACAUGUCACAGUUACCUUCGAUUACAUGAGAGGACUCAUACCGGAGAGAAACCUUAUGAAUGUAAGCAGUGUGGGAAAGCCUUCAGAUGUCAAACGUCCUAUCAUAGACAUAAAAUUAUUCAUGGUGGAGAAACAUUCUAUGAAUGUAAGCAAUGUAGUAGGCUCUUCAUUUAUCCCUCUUUACUUCAAAUGCAUGAACGAACUCACACGAGUGAAAGACCAUAUAAAUGUAAGGAGUGUGGAAAGUCCUUCCUUUAUCCCUCUUUACUUCAAAUGCAUGAACGAACUCACACAGGUGAAAAGCCCUAUGAAUGUAAGCAAUGUGGUACAGCCUUUAGACAUCACUCUUCCCUUCGGUUGCACGAAAGAACUCACACAGGAGAGAAGCCCUAUGAAUGCCAGCAGUGUGGGAAAGCCUUCACGCGUCACACUUCCCUUCGGUUACAUGAGAUAACUCACACUGGAGAGAAACCUUACAAAUGUAAAGAAUGUGGGAAAGCCUUCAGACAUCAUUCUUCUCUUCGAUUGCAUGGAAGAAAUCAUAGUGGAGAGAAACCCUAUGAAUGUAAGCAAUGUGAUAAAGCCUUUAUACGGUACAGUUACCUUCGAUUACACGAGCGCACACACACGGGAGAAAAACCUUACGAAUGCAAACAAUGUGGGAAAGCCUUCAGCCGCCACAGUUCCUUUCAGAGACAUAAAUCUAUUCAUGCUGUGGAAAACCCCUAUGAGUGUCAGCAGUAUCUAAUUCCUUUACCCUUAUUUCCUCCAAAUACAUCAGACAGCUCAUACUGGUGAGAAACACUAUGAAUGUGAACAGUGCUACAGUGUAUUCUUAUCCAGUGAAAGCAUGUGAGAACAGAAGCUGUCACAAGAUAAGCCUUCUCCACAUAAAUGAUACAGUUACAAAGGAAUGCAUGCCAGGCACAGUGUCUACAAAUGUAAGCAGUGUGUGGCGGGCCCUUUAUUGGUCUUUACUUGCCUUUCAAGGAAGGAAGUUAAUUCAUGUUGGGGAAAUGCCUUAUGAAUGGAAGCAAUAUGGUGAGUCUUAGCCCUGUUUGCUUCAAACACAUGAAACACUUAAGGUGCAAAAUGCUGUGACUGUCAACAGCUGCAGCCUUCCAGAGUUGCAGGUCCCUUUGGUGUCGUGAAGGACAUCUUACUGGAGGAAAAAACCCUUGCUGUUUAGAUGUCAUUGCUCCCAUAGAUUCCAUGAACAACUUCUGUUGGAAACAAUGUCUGUGAGUGGCAACAAAGUUGUAACACCUUCAAGCUCAGCUCCUUUCAAAGAUGUACAAAUACUAAUGGUGGGACAAAGCCUAUCCAAAGAAAAAUGGUGUUGGUUUUGGUUGUCAGUAGAUGGACAGACAUUUCUGUCAAUAGUGCAGCUGCCUGUAAGUUGCCCGUGCUCAAUAAGCCCAAUUAAAGUCAGUGGCUCCCCAGGCUGCACUUGGGUGGAAUAAUUUCUUUGCUUUUAGCCUUGGUGCCCUGUCUAGGGUGAAUAGACAUUUGUACACAUGUGGCCAGAAAAUGUUCACACAGCACUUGGCGUCUGAAUGAGAGGCACAGUGGAACCAGAGUCGAGUUUGAGAGGAGCAUGGGCUUUGCCUCUGUGUGGGUGAUGAGACAUGGCCUCUGAAGGGAAGCUUUCUGUGGGCGCAGCAGCACGUCUUCCAAAACGUCUGUCCUUUGCAGUGUGCCAUGGAACGAUGAGCCUUCAUGUUGCAGUACCAGUUGCAUGGUCUGUACCUUGCAGCUCCUUUGUAGUAUGGAGUGGCACUUCUGUGACAGAUGAGUUUGCCACAUGAGUGGAUGGAUGUCCACAUACAGCUGUCAGGUUAAAGAGUAUAUUACAGGUAAUUAGCACAGGUGAACAGAUUAAGUAGGCCUCAGGUGCAUGGCCCUUGCUUUGGGUAAUAAGACAUGCCAAUAGGGCUUAGCUGUCUGCCAACAUGAACUUCCCCUCUAAUGGAAGAAUUACUUUGAGGAAAAGAUGCACUGUGUUGGCCUCUGAACUGGCAGGAAAAGAAAGAAGAGGGCAAGUGGGAGGGAGGGAGGAUGGGCGUGGAUGGGAUGCAGCUGCUGGCUCCCAGUUUCUUACAGCUGGAAUGUCAUAAGGGAAACAGAGGUUCUGUCUGCUCAGUAGUCCCACUGGGACCCUAAGACUUGAGGCUUUUGUGUAAAAUCCUGCAGGGUGAGAGUGAGGACACUUUUUUCAAAGGGAGUGCUGGGUGUGGUGGCACACGCCUUUGAUCCCAGCACUUGGGAGGCAGAGGCAGGUGGAUUUCUGAGUUUGAGGCCAGCCUGUUCUACACAGUGAGUUCCAGGACAGUCAGGGCUACACAGAGAAACCCUGUCUCGAAAACAAAAACAAAAACAACAACAACAACAAAAACCAAAAAUCAAAGGGAGUGAGUAGAAGAGACCCAGCACACCCUGUAGUCCUGACCUCUACUGCAGAGAAGUGGGAAAUGACGGGUACACCUAGGGUUGGAGUCCUAAAUAGUAGCCCAGCAAAGGAGCUUGUGAUGAUUAGCAAAUAUUCUGCCUCUGGAGGGCUGGAAGGCUUGAGGAAAACAUGAAUGAAGGAAGAUAAGAGAAAGCAGUGCAGCUAAAACGUCUGAGCUUUUCCUGGGUCAUUUCCCACAGAAGGGGUGUACUCUCCUGCAGGAAAGGAUGUUUGUGUAUAAAUUGUUUGUUCAACCCAGAGACCUCUCAGUAGCCAGGAGCAUCCACUGAAGAGGCAGCAGUAUGCUACAGCUUGAGCCCAGAGACUGUCAGACCCUGCCAGUCCAUGGGAUACAGCAGGUGAGCAUGUCUGGGUUUCCCCUUGGCCCUACACCCACUGGAGAACAGGAGCCAGCUCCUUCCCCAGCAGAUCAGCUGGGGGUGAGGAGAUCCAUAGGCCCAAGCUACACUCAGGGUGAGGUUGCAAGAUGGCUCAUGAGGAAUGACAGAUCAGGUGCAGGAUAAGGUGCAACCUCCCGUCUCCUCUACUGUGUCCACACUGGCUUGAAUUUAUUCUUUGUUUUCUUGAGGAAAAUUCUUAUAUAGCCUGGGCUGCUCUUAAAUGCACUGUAUAGACGACAAUGAUCUUGAAAGUCCUGAUCCUCCUGCCUCCUCUUCCCAAAUCCUGGGGUUGCGUGCAUGGGCCACCCCAUCUGGUCUCCUGUGCUUCAGAACGAACCCAGGCUCCAUGCACACACUCUUAGCUGUGCUAUGUCCUCAGGUCAACCCUGAGAAGACACUUGGUACAAGUCUUUUCAUGCCGUUGGAUCUUGUUAAUAGUUUAUUGCCCCCUUAGCUGCUGACUGCUGAGUUCAGCUGGCACUUGUUUAGGAUGGUGGGUUUAAAGCCUUCCGUGAUCCUGAGACCCCGUCUCCUCCCAGUCCUCUGUGUAAUAAGGAAGAGGAUCUUGCAUCAUGCUGAUAAAAUGCUAGCCUGUGAUGCUCCACAGAUCUAGAAAACAAUCCAGGUGAGCUGAGGGAUGAUCAGGACAGGAAUAUGCACAGGACAGGCACAUGGCAAUUUCCAAACAAGGUGAAUAGGGGAAAUCCUUCACAGCCUGUGGCUAGCAUUAAACAUUAAAAGGUGAGUUGAAGAGCUUGGAUGAAGGCACCCUGUGUGAAAGAUACAUUCAAAAGAUAGGCUAUUUAGUUCAGAUGCAGUGUCAGAGGUAGACUACUUCCCCAGGAGCUGUUAGCCAGGGAUGCUCCUGAAGUCCCCUAAACAGUACAGACUAUUGCCAAUUCUGUUAGUUAUCCCCAGAACUUCAUGUAAGUCUUCCUGAAGACACCACAUGCUUUGGUUGCUGACUGUAGAGAAACCCAUCUGAGACUGAGCUGGAAGCUUUGUCCUUGCUGGCCAGCAUGCAUAGGACCUGUAGGUGCAGGCGGCUGUGCGGCACAGCACCACUUCUCUGGACCCUGCAUGGUACUGUGUCAAGCAAGAUGUGCCUACUAGGGCUGGUGAGAUGGCUCAGCUGUUGAGGGUGCUUGCUGCCAAGGCUGCCAGCUUGAGUUAGAUCUCAGAACCUACAUGAUGGAAACAAAUCCUGCAAAUUGUCUUGUGAUCCCUUCACUCAUGCUGUGACAUGUACCUUCCCUGCACAAUACACAGAUAAAUGUAGUAAGAUCCAGUACUGUAGCCACCCGACUCAAUGAGAGUAAUCAGCUGCUUUUUGGUUGCAUUAAGGCUUGCUCUCCAGGGGUCAAUUUACAUGUAUAAGACCCAAUCACCACCCACAGCUAGACAGUCCUAAGGCCCUAGUAUUUUGCUAGAUGGGUAUAUUUCUGUGAAAUGACUGUCUCACAUUCUGUGUUUAUGCCUGUAGAUUAUUGUUUCGGUCAUUUUUGAGCAGAGCAGCUUCUUUUUGCAGUAGGCAGUAGUUACUGAUGAGACUUCUCACCCCCUCCUAGGUUUGGCACAUUCUAGAAAGGGGUGGCACGCCCUGGAGGAAGGGGUGGUGUGUUUUGGAAUGCCGUCUUCUGAGUGUGCUGUUGCCUAUCUUUUUGACAUCUGGGUACCUGUGAUGGCCUACAGGAAGCCCACACAAAAUCUAAACCUUUAGUGUCCUUAUAGAGGCAUCGGCAUGGAGCCCUGGAACCUUCCCUGAUGAUCUAUCUAUCCAUUUGCUUCUGAGUGCUGAGAUUAAAGGUGUGCACCACCAUGUCCAGCCUACUCCCUGAAUACCUUUAGGUGGUUAAUGGUACUUAGACAGGAGGGCGUCAUAAGAUCUCCCCCUCCUUUGAAUAUAAAACCAGAUAGUUGUUGCUGGUAGGGGGAUGUGGAUUACCUAUCCAUAAGUUUCCCAUGUUUUUGUCAGUACCCCUCACCCAUGCUCUUGUAAGUAACCCUAAUUAAAAUAAUUGGUUCAUCAA